CGGCGCAUUCUGUGGUAUAAACCAAACCACAGUCCCGCGAGCGCAGCUGUCAGGUGUGCGUCACCGUGGACCACCGGUCAGUCACCGCGCGCUCUGCUUACCAACACCGAGAUGUUGCACUGUCCUACUUGACUUACCCUCUGCUUCUGCACGUGAAACAGAGCUCGACAGUUCCGCUGCCUGCGAGCCGAGAGGAGCGAGCGGGUUAUCAUGAGUUGUCUGGAUGUUAUGUACCCGGCUUAUGGUCAUUACGCACCGUACGCGCACAAAGCUUCAGCGUUCAUCAGCACUUUACCGGCACCCCUUGGUCUGAGAAGCACCUUGUCUCGCUGUAGGGAUCCGAUGGACAGCAUGGCGACCCCGUGCUGCUCGGAGGGUGUCCCAGUUUCUGCUGGAAGCUCCAGCUCAGGGGGUCUGUCCCCAUCACCAUAUCCUUCAGCUGGACAAGCAGAGGAGGCUAUUAAGGGCAAAGAGGUCAGGGAGGCAGAAUACCUGAGCUCACGAUGUGUCCUCUUUACCUACUACCAAGGAGACAUUAGCAGCGUGGUGGAUGAACACUUCUCCAGAGCUCUCAGCACCUACAUGGAGGCAGAGGGCAAAAAGAGGCACAGUGAUCCCAGCACAGAUGCUUCAUCCUCAACCAGUCGGCGUAGUUUCCCUCCAUCUUUCUGGGACAGUAACUACCCCUCUCCACCCAGCCGACCCCUUUGUGAUCCCACAGGUGCUCCCACUUAUGCUAUGGACCCCUACGCCCAGGCCCUGCACCCGGGUCUGCCUCAUUCACACGCUCACCCGCACCCAUCAGAGUCCUGGAGCUACUCUCAGAGCCAGCCCUAUCCCCCCCCACGGCCCUUACACGAACUGUACACCCCUCCUGGGCUGGAUGCCCACUACGGACCCCUACUGAUGCCUGCCGUCCGGCCGCCUCAUCUGCCAACGCUGCCUGGGCAUUAUGAUGUGGGAAAGCUGGAACCCACCCCAACAUGGCCAGGGCUGCUUCCGCCUGGGGAAGUGGCACAGAGUCUGGCUCUCAACAUGGAAGGUCUCCAGCACCACAAGAAAGGGAAGGAGCUCUACUGGUUUUAAUGAGAAGCCCUUCAUCGACCAUCCAAUUAAAGCCUGCAGUUUGGCCCAUUGUAGCCGAACUGUUGUUUCUUUAGUCCCCACGCACAGCAGCUCUCUUCACCAGCUCUGCACACGCUCUGAACACGCUCCAGGACUAUUUGUGUGCACCAUGGAGAUAUGAACAUAGGGCUAGGAGAGAACGCCUAGGGGAGGAAGGGGUGCUAGACGACAUGGUCUUUCUGUUUUUUGAUCUUUUUUAAACUAAUUUAUUGUGGUGUAAAAAUCCAGCCUCUGUUUGGAACGGUGAGACGUAAGAAACAUUGCAUGGUGCAGUAUAUAGAAUGAUACAUUUGUAAAAAAUCUGGCUGUUUAUAUUGACUGAACAACGAUGGCAGCAAUGUGUUUGUCUUGUUUCAUUGCAUUAUUUUUCUUCCCAUGUACAGUACUUUUAUUUAUAUAUACAUCAGUAUUUCUGUGUUUCAAUUAAAAUACACUUUCAGCCAGUGCUAUUAGUUUUUUUUUCUUUUUCUUGGAAUACGUGCCAUGGUGUGAAACAGCUAGAAUAAAUCUGAGAGAACUCAGAAAUAAUUAAUAAACCAUACCUUAUCAUUAAAGAGUGAGAUAAAAUGAUGUGAUUUUCCAGGUUAAUGAACCACUUCAGAGAGAUUCUGUAAAUGUUAUUAUAAGGGGAAUGUCACUUCUGGUGUAUUUUUUUAUGUGUGAGUCUACUUUAUUGAAUUCAAAAUGAAUAGAUGUUCUUUUAAGAAAAAAAUGUAAGAAAUUGUUUGUAUUUCAAUAUUAAACAUGCGUUUAAAUGUG